AUGUAUCUCUUGUGGUGUGAGGUUCAUGCGCUGUUCAUUGGAGUCGUCGAGGCAGCGUUUGUGAGCGGGAAGCGGCGUUCAAGUGUACCAGGCUCCGAGUUGAAAUCCCGUGCUGCAUAUCCAGCGGCUAUAUGGCGUGAAGCGCGCGCGAUGGGAUAUACUCUCUACGCGCUUGUGACUCUGACUGUGUCCGUCGCAUUCCUAGUUCUUUGUUCAGCUUCCACCGUAACCUCUCGAUAUCUGUGGCUGGCCACUCCGCUACGCUACAACAGGGGCCCACGAUCCCGCCGUAGGCCGGGUCUGUCUCAGCUCAUCGUCAACUCUACUCCCGACCGUCAACUCUACUCCCGACCGUCAACUCUAGUCCGAACCGUCAACUCGAUGUCCUCGCCUCACAAGCCGGGAUACACCAUCCUGCCCAUCCACUCUCCACCACCGCCAUCCCCACCGGCCUAUCGCGCCACCAUCCCCGACGCGAACGAGUCCGAGUCAGAGGGAUCCAGAACUGGCGCCAGUCCGACGCCCCGCGCGACCCCGGGAGAGCGCCCAUCCUGCUUCCUCAACUUCGAAGCACCUGUGCGUCUCGAAUUGUCUCCCACAGCCGUCCUCGUCGUUAUCGUGCUCGCAAUGACCGUCCUCGGCGUCGUGUACAUGUACACGUACGGUCCCAAUGCCUAG